AAUGGCGACUCCCAGUCCCAGCACCAAGUCUCCAACUUCAUGCAUUAGCGCUGCGGGAUCCGUGCUACACCACCCGCAGAUGCAGACCCAACACUUCACGACAGUCAGCAACAUGCAGGAUUCCAAUACAUGCUGGAGGUGUCAAAAUGAAACGGGAUUUCAAAUAAAUCUCUCUGGAGUAACCCAAAGUAAACGCAAAGCACUUAAGUUAAAUUUUGCCAAUCCACCAGUCAAACCAACUACAAGGCUUCCCAUCACAACGGCUAAUCCUCCAUUCCAGAACCCUCACAUAGAGAGGUUGCGGACACACAGUAUCGAGUCGUCAGGAAAGCUGAAGAUUUCUCCAGAGCAGCAUUGUGACUUCACGGCUGAGGAUCUGAAGGAUCUGGGGGAAAUCGGGAGGGGAGCCUACGGCUCUGUCAACAAUAUGGUGCAUAAACCCAGCGGUCAAAUCAUGGCCGUCAAGAGGAUUCGCUCCACUGUUGAUGAGAAAGAACAGAAACAGCUUCUCAUGGAUUUAGAUGUAGUGAUGAGGAGUAGCGACUGCCCAUAUAUUGUCCAGUUCUACGGCGCUUUGUUUCGAGAGGGCGACUGUUGGAUAUGUAUGGAGCUUAUGUCUACCUCCCUCGACAAAUUCUACAAAUAUGUAUAUUGUGCAUUAGAUGAUGUCAUUCCAGAGGAAAUAUUAGGCAAAAUUACAUUAGCAACUGUGAAAGCACUGAAUCACUUGAAAGAAAACUUGAAAAUAAUCCACAGAGACAUCAAACCCUCCAACAUUCUUCUGGAUAGAAAUGGCAAUAUUAAGCUUUGUGAUUUUGGUAUCAGUGGACAGUUAGUCGACUCAAUUGCCAAAACCAGAGAUGCUGGAUGUAGACCUUACAUGGCUCCUGAACGGAUAGAUCCCAGUGCGUCUAGACAAGGCUAUGAUGUCCGCUCAGACGUUUGGAGUUUGGGAAUCACGUUGUAUGAACUUGCCACGGGACGUUUUCCCUACCCCAAAUGGAACAGUGUGUUUGAUCAGCUGACACAGGUGGUGAAGGGAGACCCUCCACAGCUCAGCAACUCAGAGGAGAGGCAGUUUUCACCCAAAUUCACCCAGUUUGUCAAUCUAUGCCUUACAAAAGAUGAGUCGAAAAGGCCAAAGUACAGAGAACUGCUGAAACAUCCAUUUAUCCUGAUGUAUGAAGAGCGAGUUGUGGACGUUGCCAGUUAUGUGUGUAAAAUAUUAGAUCAAAUGCCCACCUCCCCCAGCUCUCCCAUGUAUGUUGACUGAUGGUGACCGGUCUGUUGAACAGAGUACGGAUCGGCAACCAUCUGGUGUACAUACAGCGCCUCAAAAAACUUAACCGUUUGGAAGUUUUACUGAAUUACAAAUCCUACUUUGAAAUGUUGAUUUCUGUGAUGAGGGUUUUAUUUCAAAGCACUGAUGCUUCUAAUUCAUUUAUUGCACCAAAAUGAGGUUGAGGUGGAUGUAUACAGUUGCUUUACUGUACAGUUGCAAGUAUACUCCUUUGUUACUUUGCAAGUGGUUUUGGUCCGUUUGACCUCAAUAUACAAGUAAUUUAUUUUGUAUUUCAGUGCUUAGAAAUAAAAAUAUUACAGAGGACUAAAACUAAAUGUUUUUUUUCAUUCAGUAAAAUGAAAGAAUUGGUUAACGGUCUCAUUUUUUUCUGCUAGGCAGCCAUCAUAUACGAAGAAACAAGUGAUUGUGUUGAAAGAGAAAUACAUCCCAGUCCCUAACGUUUUGUGCAAUAAGGAACGGCUCCCAUUUAAACCAUGGUGUGUAAACCAAUGCUAGCUAGCUUCAGCAAAACAGCCUUUGCCUUUUCUUUUGUCUUGUGUGUGAUGAUUUUGAUUUUGAAUUUGACCAUUUCAAGACAAAGACCAUCAGAUCCGGCUUUGUCUGUUAGCUAUUAAAACACAUAUUUUCACCAAAAUGGUAUUGCUAUGAAACACAAAUGAAAAAAAAAAGUUUUGCUUUAUACGUACAGAUAAUCAGAAAAACCACACUCAAAUACAUUUGACACAAUUGG